AUGGGAUGUGGCAGCAGCAGCGAGGCGGCGUCAACGCCAGCGCUAUCAACGAUCCCGGCAGCCUCACAGUCCAAGCGCUCGAGCUUCCGCCCGAUCCCCGACCGCUACGAGACACUCGCCGAAGUACAACGAGACCUGCGUGCGGCGGGAUUGGAGUCCUCAGACCUCGUCGUUGGAGUUGAUUUCACCAAGUCCAACCAGUGGACUGGAGAAAAAAGUUUUGGCGGCAGAUGUCUGCACGAGAUCGACCCAUCGGGCGUCUUCAUGAACCCAUACCAGAGCGUGAUCUCUGUGAUCGGCCGAGUCCUUGAAGCUUUCGACGACGACAACAUCAUUCCAGCCUUCGGAUUUGGAGAUGUAGCGACCAAAGGGAACAGUUGCUUCCCUUUCACACCAGGACGUGGCUGUCACGGGUUCGAGGAGGUUUUGAGACGCUACAAUGAGAUCACACCGACCUUGAAGCUGUCGGGCCCCACGAACUUCGCGCCGGUGAUAAAAGAGACCAUCCGAGCGGUGCAGCAGAACGGAGGCUAUCACAUCCUGGUGAUCAUUGCAGAUGGCCAAGUGACGAACGAGGAGGACACGCGGAAUGCGAUCGUGGAGGCGUCCAACUGGCCGAUUUGUAUGUCGCAGAAGACGUGUAGGAAGGAUGACUUUUGA